AUGGUUGAACCAGUUGGCGAGAGGAGGGGAUGGUUAGAACCAGCGAAGAGGGGUCAACUUCUCUCUAGGAAGCCAGCACAAAUGUUAAACACAGUUUUAAUCCUCAAUGGCUUUUCCGUGCAGCUGCUCUGCGCCAGGGACCUGCCUCCCCCUGCAGGCUAUGCCAGGGGCCAGGAAAAACUUCACUGGCCGAAGACAGAGCUUUCUAAGAAAUCAGUCCUGAGUCCAGAAGAACAUAAGCUGAACAUUAAUAAUGAAAACAGCCUCCAGCACCCACCUUCUGGGAUCCUUAAGGACAUUUUCACAACAGGAACCAGUAGCUACAAUGUCCUUCUGCAGAGCAAAGAGGAGAAAAAACACCAGACCCAAAAGCAGUCGUCUGCCCACCACAAGAAACACAGGAAAACUACGAAGUGUUCUACCACCUUGCGGAGCAGCGAGCACCGCAAAAUCAAAGUCCCGCUGCCCUUGCUCAGCAAUGGAUGGUACCGCACAGACAGACAGCCCUCCAUCAUCAUCACUAGCCCGGUGUCUACCGGCGUGAAGUUUACAAACAGUAUUUCAGUCACAGGCAACAGCAUAGGACUGCCGUCUCGACCCAGAAGCAGAGCUAAGAGGCAUUUUAAUCUGACAAAGCCAAAGCAAUCCCAGUCAUCAAAAAGCCAUGGAAAAGAAGGAGAUAUCUCUGGCCAAAAAUUCUGUUUACUGACCGCAAUCAAGCCUUCCAAUGUGGAGAAAGAGAAGACGAAAUUCUUCAAGUCAGAUUUCACAUACAAUCCUCAGUUUGAAUAUGCAAACCCUGCUUUGCCAAACGUGUUAGCUAAGCAUAGCCACGCAUCUGACAGAUUUCUUAAGCAGGUAUAGUUACUUUUUUUCUCCUUUUCCACUGAUUCUUCUUUCCUACAAUUGUAAGGGUGGUAUUUGGCUUUGUUUGUAGCAAGUGAAAGUUGUUCCUGCUUAUCAUCCUCCUCUACUGUUUGAGAAAUGUAUCAGUGAUGAGAAUACAACAGUAGAACUGAAAGAAUUUUUCUUUUACUAAAAAAUGAAACCCUUCCUAAUAUUUACAGGAUUCUAUAUAGGAUAAAGGCACAGUUCCUUAUAAAUGGGUUUACAUGAAACAUAAUUUGAGGCAAGAAAGCUUUUUGGCGAUGAAGCAGAGUCAAAUACAAUGUCUAAACGGGCUUUAAUAAACAGAGAAAAAAACCAACGUAGAAGUCCUGCCAAUCCGCUUGGUAACACAGGGAUUGGGAGGGGAUAGCAAUUAUUUGAGGUCAUGGUUAUUGGAUAAGUGUAUGUUGAUGUUCCUUGUUUUAAUCAACUUUGAAAGGAUAUUUGCAUUACAUUAGGCUCAGUCAAGCAGCAAACUGAAAAUCCAUU